GUGUGCCAACUUGGGCUCCUGUCGGCUUCUCUCUCUCUCUCUAUCUCCCUUUUCUCAGUGGUCAGUUUCAUUUCCUCCUUGGAGGAGGAGAUUGAAGAAAAGACCCGAUCUUGGAGGCGAAGGGAAGGGAAGGGGAGGAGAGGGAUGUCGACGCCGGCGAGGAAGCGGCUGAUGAGGGAUUUCAAGAGGCUGCAGCAGGAUCCGCCGGCGGGUGUCAGUGGAGCGCCGCAUGACAACAACAUCAUGCUCUGGAACGCCGUGAUCUUUGGGCCUGAUGAUACCCCGUGGGAUGGAGGUACGUUUAAACUGACAUUGCAGUUUACAGAAGAUUAUCCUAACAAGCCACCAAAUGUCCGGUUUGUUUCACGAAUGUUUCAUCCCAACAUAUAUGCGGAUGGAAGCAUUUGCCUCGAUAUUUUACAAAACCAAUGGAGUCCGAUAUAUGAUGUCGCAGCAAUACUUACUUCUAUUCAGUCUCUCCUCUGCGACCCAAACCCGAACUCCCCUGCAAAUUCUGAGGCAGCUCGCAUGUUCAGUGAGAACAAGCGUGAAUACAAUCGCAAAGUUCGCGAGAUAGUGGAGCAGAGCUGGACGGCUGACUGAAGGCAAGAGCUGUCCUUUCUACUCAAAAGGAGGAUAUAGAAUUGGGGGUUGGUGUGGAAUCAAAUUGCCAUCUCUAUAAUAUCGUAUCAUUGUCUUCUUGAUGCUUUGUUGUGGGACUUGCUCAUGAACUGUUGAUAUGCUGGAUAGCUGCACCGAAAGCCUUUUCAGCAUCUUUCUUGUUCUUUAUUUUCUUUAUAUAAACAUCAAUGAUGUAUAAUAUUCGGCUUCAUAUAAAGCGUUUGUAGCUGACUUGCCAAGAUAAAGCUGUGACAGCGGGAAUCAAGGAAGAGCUCUCUCUUACUGAAAGCUGUUAUUGACUGUUGUUUUAA